AUGUUGCACAUGAAUAAACAACACGAGGAGAGCGCGGAGGGAGACCAGGUCUCCGGUGGCAAGCCGCUGCUCGUUGGAGGCUGGAAGCGGGAGGCUGCAGGCGGGUGGCGGGAGGCGGGAGGCGGGAGGUUGGAGGCGGGAGGCUCGAGGUUGGAGGCGGGAGGCUGGACGCGGGAGGCUGUAGACUGGAGGCUGGAGGCUGGAGGCUGGAGGCUGCAGGCGGGAGGCUGGAGGCUGGAUGCAGGAGACUGGAGGCUGCAGGCGGGAGGCUGGAGGCUGGAUGCUGGAGGCGGGAAUCUGGAGGCUGGAGGCUGGAGGCGGGAGGCUGGAGGCGGGAGGCUGGAGGCGGGAGGCUGUAGACUGGAGGCUGGAUGCGGGAAGUUGGAGGUUGGAGGUUGGAGGCGGGAGGCUGGAGGCGGGAAGCUGGAGGCUGGAGGUUGGAGGCGGGAGGCUGGAGGCGGGAGGCUGUAG